AUGCGUGACGACGGUCGCAUGGACGUAGAUGUGGACGGAUCUCUAGGUCGACGACUUACCAGACUGGUACAGAACCACGACCAAGAUACAGCACCACUACACCAAGGCGUCCAUUCAUUACGAGAAACAACCCCUAUACUCACCUGUCCGGCAAAACUCAACAUUGUCAUCCACGUCGUAGGCAGUCGAGGAGACGUGCAACCAUUCGUCGCUCUGGGUUGUGAAUUACAGCAACAACACGGCCAUCGCGUACGCAUAGCCACCCAUGCGGUGUUUGAAGAUUUCGUGCGUAAAUCCGGGCUAGAAUUCUAUCCCAUCGGCGGUGAUCCGGCAGACCUCAUGGCCUACAUUGUCAAAAACCCAGGCCUCAUCCCAAGCAUCGCAAGUGUACGAGCAGGAGAUAUCGGCCGUAAGAGGAAGAUGCUGGCGAAGAUCCUGGAAGGAUGUUGGAGCUCGUGUUACAUGCGGGAUGAGAAGACACAACGACCAUUCGUUGCGGAUGCGAUUAUUGCUAAUCCACCAAGUUUCGGACAUGUGCAUUGCGCGCAGGCGAUGGGAAUACCUGUGCAUGUCAUGUUCACUAUGCCAUGGACGAGUACAAGGGCUUUCGCGCAUCCAUUGGCGAAUCUGAAGUACUCUUCUGACACAAGUCCGCGAAUAGCAAAUUUGAUGUCUUACGGAGUGGUUGAAUGGAUGACAUGGCAAGGCAUUGGAGAUCUUGUCAAUAAAUGGCGGAAGUCGCUUGAUCUCGAGCCGGUGCCUAGCUCGGAAGGUCCUUUGUUGUUGGAGACGUUGGAAGUACCGCAUACGUAUUGUUGGUCGCCGGCAUUAGUACCACGGCCAGCAGACUGGCCAAAACAUAUAGACGUCUGUGGCUUCUUCUUUCGAAACCCACCUUCGUAUAAGCCUCCACCGGAUUUGAGCGCCUUUCUUGAAGCCGGACCUCCACCUGUGUACAUCGGGUUUGGUAGUAUCGUGAUAGAAGAUCCUGAGGCUCUGACGGAUACCAUACUGGAAGCUGUUCGCAUGACUGGACUUCGCGCGCUUGUUUCGCGUGGAUGGAGUAAGUUAGGACAAGGUCGUGAUUCGGAUGAUACAGUGUUUUAUCUUUCCGACUGUCCACACGAGUGGCUGUUUGACCACGUCGCGGCAGUCGUCCAUCAUGGUGGCGCCGGCACCACAGCCUGCGGUCUGAGCAAAGGUGUCCCUUCCUUUCUGGUACCGUUCUUCGGAGAUCAACCAUUUUGGGGGAUCAUGGUUGCAGCUUCAGGAGCAGGUCCAGGGCCUAUACCAUACCAGUCGCUGACUGCUCUUGGACUCGCUCGGGCCAUCACGAAAUGCCUCGCGCCUGAGACCAGACUAGCUGCAAAAGAGGUGGCAGACAAGAUGAACACCGAAUAUGGUGUGAGGGCAGCCGUACAAUCAUUCCACGCUCAGCUUCCAAUGGAUAUGAAAUGCGAUGUCUUGAAAAACGAGGCAGCCGCGUGGACGCUACAAGAAAGCAGCACUACCAUCAAACUAUCGAAGAGGGCAGUAUCUGUACUGAUGCGACAGACGAUGUUCAAGCCGAACAAACUCUCGCACUAUCAAUCGAAGCCGAUCAUCAUUGAUCCGAAGCGAUGGGAGCCCGUCUCUGCUGUCGUAUCGGCUUCCCUACACACCGCUGGUGCAAUGGGUCGAGCCGCUGCUGGUGUCGUAUCCGAACCUUAUCAGGUCUACAAGUCAAACAAAGCCUUCCCAACGGCCGCAACAGCCAAGAACAAUCCAGAGAAUUUGGAAAAAGCACCAAUCGACUCACCACCUACUGCAAACUCGCCUGAUCAUGUGAGUAUUGAACAACAUCCAGGUCUGGCGGGGGCCACCGCAGAUCAGGAUGACUCGAAGAACAGGACAAAACAAGUUGUCAAAGCAUCCGCCAGGAACGCUGGGAAACUCCUCUUCUCACCAGUCAAAGGCAUCAUCCUAGACAUCCCCCUAGCAGCAGUAGAAGGCAUGUGGAACCUGCCCCGCCUCCAAGGCGACACAGGCUACCAACACACCGCCGUAACCGACUGGAAGACCGGCGGCAGCGUAGCAGCGAAAUCCUUCAUCCACGGGAUCCAUGAAGGCAUGACGGAUAUCUUCAUCAAGACCUACGCGGGCAAGAAAAAAGAAGGUGCCAAAGGUGUUGCCAAAGGUUUGAGUAUGGGAUUUGUCAAUUUGACUAUGAAGACUGGGGCCGGCACGUUGGGACUGAUUGCGUAUCCGUGUCAGGGUGUUUAUAAGAGUAUUCAUGCGGCUAUGCAUACGAGGGCGAGAAAGGCGAUUGAGCAGGCGAAGCUGGAGGAGGGAGAGUGGUUGGUGGAGAAUCAGCUGGAUAAUGGUGUUGAGGUCGAAGACAUUGUGCGACGAUUUCUGACUGUGACACCCGGAAAGGGCAAAGGAAAGGCGUAG